GUACAAAUCCCGAUGCCGAUCACGCUCAAAUUUCCCUCCGUUUCUCAUCUCAGGCGAAAAUUUGAAUUCUCCAUAACCAAUUCUCUCCGCCGGUCGGUGGUCGCCGGUGACUCCGAUGGCCUCCAGUUCCAAGGCUAAACCGUCUCCGUCGCAGUUUCAUCUUACAUUGGCUUCGUCUCUGGCCGACGACGACGACGAUUUUCAAGAUCCAUCUCCUUCUCUGUUCCGCUCCAGCAUUGGCCCCUCCACAUCCGUCUCUCGGAAGCCUCUGAGACGUUUCAGUACCGAUCGUCCACAUCGGGGGAAGGCAAAGAAGCAUCGGUAUGAAAGUCCAUACAAAGAAAAUGUUUCCCCUCAGGCAGACGGUCUGGUCAUUCCUUGCUCGCUACCUGUUCGACGAAAUUCCGAGCCGGAUUUGGAGAGUGUGGGUUUGAACUGUGGGUUGGAUUCCAUCCAGUUAACUGUCGAUUCUGCUUAUGAUGGCUGUUUGAAUACUAACGAAGAAGAUGCUAGUCAAUGUUCCAAUGAAGUUGUGCCAAAUGAAAAGGUUGGAGUAGAUAUAGAUGCAGAUUCUGAUAGGAAGAAUGGGUCACUUUCAUGUUCACCUAAAAAGGGGGUUUCGGAGUGUAAAAAAGGGUACUUGAAUUCAAUAGUGUCAAGGUUGUUGAAAUCCGCUGCAGGAUUGGAAGACGGGGUGGGUGAAGAAUUGGGGGAGAGCUCAGAUCUUGAUGUUCUGCUUAAACUAUGUGGAGAGGGGAGUGAAGGAGAUGACUAUUAUUUGGAAGAUCAAGAGGAUGAAGUAGAUGAAGAUGGAUGUGCUUCAGGAGGUAAUGGCAACUGUAGUCUGAUUUAUUGUCCACUUUGUGAUAAGGACAUCACAGAUUUAAGUGAGGAGCAAAGGCAAGUGCACACUAAUGAGUGCAUUGAUAAAGAUGAUGCUCCAACUGAGGUGGGUGUUUCCCAUCGUGACACAUCUAAUCAACAUCUUGGACAAGUUCUCGAUGCUUCCCCUACUCCUCAAAAGUUUGUUUCUAUGUCUCCUGUGGCAGAGUGGCUACAUAAGCUAGGACUAGCUAAGUAUGAAGAGUUAUUUAUUAAACAGGAGAUUGAUUGGGACACCUUAAAAUGGCUGACAGAAGAGGAUCUUUGUAAGAUUGGUGUUAGUGCACUUGGUCCAAGAAAAAAGAUCGUUCAUGCUCUUUCUGAACUAAGGAAGGAAAACAUCAAAGAAGUAGGUGUUCAGAAUGAUGCCAAACAGGCUAUAGUCGAUGAUACAAGUAAAGUGAAGCUGAGCAAGUUGAUAACGGAUUAUUUCCCAUCUUCUGCUGCCAGGAUGAAAAAGGUUCAUGCUACUUCUACUGGAAAAAAGGAAGUGGGGAGCAGUUUCAUAGAUUCUUCAUAUAAACCUUUUAAGAGGAAGGAUCCUGCCAGGAACCCAAAAUAUAGGGAUGUUCCUGUGUGGUGCUCCAUACCAGGAACACCAUUUCGUGUGGAUGCUUUUAAGUACCUUAGAAGAGAUUGCUCACACUGGUUUCUUACUCAUUUUCACGCUGAUCAUUAUCAAGGUUUAACUAAGUCCUUUUGUCAUGGGAAGAUAUAUUGCUCCAUGGUGACUGCAAAGCUUGUGAAUAUGAAGAUGGGAAUUCCAUGGGAUAAUAUAGAUAUUUUGCCCCUUAACAAGAAGAUCAACAUUGCAGGAAUUGAUGUCACCUGUUUUGAUGCAAAUCACUGCCCAGGUGCCAUCAUAAUCCUCUUUGAGCCACCGAGUGGCUGUCUUGCAUACAGGAGAUUUUCGUUUUUGUGAUGAAAUGAUGAACAUUCCUGUUUUUCGAUCUUGUAAAAUCCAUUCUCUCAUCCUGGACACAACGUAUUGUGACCCUCAGUAUGAUUUUCCUAAACAGGAUACUGUAAUACAAUUUGUCAUUGAAGCCAUACAAGCUGAAACUUUCAACCCAAAAACAUUAUUCUUGAUUGGUAGUUAUACUAUAGGAAAAGAAAGACUUUACGUCGAGAUUGCGCGUGCUCUGCGUAAGAAAAUAUAUGUCACGGCACCAAAGCUACGUAUAUUGCAAUGCUUGGGGUUCCCUGACGAAGAUAUGCAAUUUUUCACAUUGAAUGAACAUGAGAGCCAUAUCCAUGUUGUACCUUUGUGGUCACUUUCUAGCUUCAAGCGGUUGAAACUUAUAUCUAACCAAUACAUGGGCCGUUUUAAUCUUAUCGUUGCAUUCUCUCCAACUGGUUGGUCUUUCGGUAAAGGAAAGAAAUCAAAUCCCGGAAAAAGAUCGCAGCAGGGUACCAUCAUAAGGUAUGAAGUGCCAUACAGUGAGCAUAGCAGCUUUUCUGAACUUAAGAAGUUUGUUAAGUUUUUAUCACCUGCGAACAUUAUCCCAAGCGUAAAUAACCAUGGUCUUGAAUCCACCCGCAAAAUGGUCUCCAUUCUCUCUGGCAGCUUGAUUAACGGUACAUCUUGCGGGUAAAUGAUCUAUCCUCUCCUACCUGCAUUUUUCAACAAUAUCAUUGUAAAAUACCCUUGUAUCAUACCCCUGCCAUGUAUAUUUGAAUCACGCUCAUUUGGCGGGGGUGGGUGGGGGUGGAGGGCAAUGUAGAAUAGAUCUUCUAAUCUUAA